GUGAUGGAAAAUACUAGUGUGCCAGCCAGCGAAACCGGGGCGAUUAUCCCUUCGACGUCGGCUUCCCAGUUGAAAUCUAUGUUUAAAGAGUUACUUGAUGAAACUAAGAAGGAUAUUUUAUUACAAGUUAAAGAUAAUAUUGAUCAGAUUUAUACAGAUUUUGAGUCUGUUGCCAUUGAGAAUGAAGAAGUUGCCUCCACUGGUGAGGCAUCAGAGCCUGGCGUUACAGAUAAAAUUGAAAAUUUUGUUCUGCCAAACAUUCCUACCAGGAAGAUCCAACUGAUACUGGCUCAUUCCAUAAUUUGGCAGUGGAGUUUUCUGCGGUAG